AUGAGCCCUGAGCCAUCCUCGGGUGAGGAGACUGCGGGCGAGGAGCAUUUCAUGGACCAGUACGUCAGAGAGGGUGAGGAAGUGGACUGGGUGCAUGUCCGGGGUCAUGAGAAUGCGCACGGCAACAGCAACGGGAAUGGAAAUGGAAAUGAGAUCGAAAACGGGGAGGUCGCUGACAAUCCCGAUGACGAAAGUGACUAG